GAGGCAAAACCCCCCUGCCGCCGGCCCACACGCUCGCUCCGCCGCCCUCCCUCGCUCCGGCGGCCGACGCUCGCGGUCUGGUCGCCCCGCCCCCCAACCCCUCUGUGCUCACGUUCUCCCUCGCUCGCUCCGGUGGCUGACGAUCGCGGGGCCCCCCGUGCUCGCCGUCGCCCUCUCCGCCAGGACUCAGAAAUUGCAUUUGGUACAAUGGAAGAGGGCAGUGACUAUUAUCUUGUCAGGAAGGGGGAGAUGAUAGCUGUUUACAGAACUUUAAAUGAUUGCCAGGUUCAAAUUUGCUCAUCGGUAUCUGGUCCUGCUGCAAGUGCCUACAAGGGUUAUUCAUGGAACAGAGAAAAGGAGGAAUACAUGCGUUCGCGUGGGCUAAACAAUGCUACAUAUGUAAUCAAUUCAGCUGAACUUAGGGAAGAUUUAUUUGGUACCCUUAUGCCCUGUACUUUUCAGGAGAUAACUGGUUCCAGUUCAAAUCAAUCAGCUCCAAAUCAUACUGGUGUUCUUAACAAUUCAAGAUAUCAGCCUGGGGCACAAUCUGUGGAUCUGAACUAUGAUACAGUGGGAUCUAGUCAAGACUAUAUCCAACCUUUUAAUCAAGGCUACUCUGUUCAGGGACAAGCAUUUAAUAGGCUGGAAGCGGGAUCUGGCUCUUCCAGCCAUUUCUCACCAAACAAUCUCAAUCAAAGUGGAGCUGUUGAUGCACAACCUGUCUCGAAACAUUAUAUGGUAUGUUUACUUCACUUUGAUGGUGCAUCAAAAGGAAAUCCAGGAAAAGCUGGUGCUGGGGCCGUGCUUAUGACUGAAGAUGGGAGAGUGAUAUCUCGAAUUCGUGAGGGCCUUGGUAUUGUUACCAAUAAUGUUGCUGAAUACCGGGGCCUGAUCUUAGGACUGAAAUAUGCUAUUAGGCAUGGUUUCAAGAAAAUCAAAAUAUAUGGUGACUCUCAACUAGUCUGUUAUCAGGUGAAAGGUACAUGGCAAACAAAGAACCAUAACAUGAUGAAACUUUGCAAGGAAGCAAGAAAACUCAAAGAAAACUUCGUCUCAUUUGAGAUCAACCACGUGCGACGGGAAUGGAAUGCUGAGGCAGAUCGCCAAGCAAACAUAGCCAUUACUCUUUCAAGUGGCGUGGUCUCCGAGGAGCGUGGCGACGGCUUCUGAUUGUAGCCUUCUUUGGUUAUAAUUAUGGAUGAUGGAGUAGUAUCUUAUGUAUAGUUAACUAAUUAGCAUUUAGCAGCUAGAGACCUAUGUGUUGCAUACUUGCAUCAGGCUGCUCUGGCCUCUGGGAGUCCAGAUUGCAGUAACCUGUUGAAGAUGAUCCGUGUGAAGGCUGCACCUCGGUGAUGAACACUUGAGUUAGUGGGCCUCAUUUUGAACCACCAUCUGGGUUGCAGUCUUGCAGCUAGCUAUUCUUGUUGUAAGCUUCACUACUUGGGCCUUCACACUGCCACCCAAGACUGGUACUGAUGAACUGAUGAUGUAGUUGCUAGGUUGCCAUGUGGACAUGUGGUAGUUUUUGGUUUUUGAGGGCUAAGAAAUCAGGUUGGCCUAUUUACCUAGGAAAGCAUCUGCAUCUACAUUGUUAAGCUAAGCUCCAUUCUGUCAGGCGUGUGAAUGAGCUCUGUGAAUGGAAAUUGAGAACUCUACGUCUACAGUGCUGCAAAAUGCAAAGGCGCCAUAGUUGAGGGGAAGAAAAUGCAUGGACCUUUUGAUCCAGGAUUCCAGAUAGUCUCUGUUUGAUGAGCAGUUUCUAGUCUCGUGGUUUUAUGUGUUUGAUGAGCAGUUUCUACAGCUUCUUCUGUCGU